UCCAACUAAAAUCAGCACAAAUGACCCAUCAAUUAAAUUCCCACAAGGAGCUUGUUUCUUUCUAACAAUGUCUCCUGGUUUCUAAGAAGAAAGCCACAACUCCCCCUAAGGAAGUUUAAGGGUGAAAUAAAUACCUCUUUCCACACUUUAGCAAAUAAAGACCCAAAGAAUAAGUUUGGUCACUGCUUUUGAAAAUGUCAAUCAAUACAGCAUAUCAAUACCCUAAAUCUUCCUGUGGGUUAAGAAAGUAUAUGAUAGGUAACAUUACAGCAACGUAUCUCAUUUAUUCAUUCAACUAUCUAUGGAGGAAUGGCUAUGUAAUCUAAAAUAAUACUUAGAAAUUAAGGCAAGCUUAUAACUGCUGAUAUUACUCUUUCCAGAGAUGCUUUUCCUCCCUUUUUUCUACUAAGCGAUGUAGCACCAAGAGAGUGGUUAUCUCCAAAUUCCAAAUUGCACGAACUGAGCGAGAAACGCAAAGGGGGAGACGGACGACUGGUUGUUGGUGUGGGUUUCCGUUGAGAUGCAGACUUAUGCUUUGUCUUAAACGUGGCUUCUUACCUGUAUUUUGUCUUCUUGCUCUUCUAGAAAAAAAACUAUCCAAGAUGACUGUCACUUACUCCAGUAAAGUAGCCAAUGCGACUUUUUUUGGAUUUCAUAGGUUACUCCUCAAGUGGAGAGGGAGCAUCUACAAACUACUGUACAGGGAAUUUAUUGUUUUUGCUGUUUUUUACACAGCCAUAAGUUUGGUGUACAGAUUGUUACUUACAGGAGCCCAAAAACGUUUCUUUGAAAAAUUAUCAAUUUACUGUGACAGAUAUGCUGAACAAAUUCCAGUAACCUUUGUGCUUGGGUUCUAUGUCACUCUGGUGGUGAACCGCUGGUGGAACCAGUUUGUGAACCUGCCCUGGCCCGACCGGCUGAUGUUCCUCAUCUCCAGCAGCGUGCACGGCAGGGACGAGCGCGGGCGCCUGCUCCGGAGGACGCUGAUGCGCUAUGUCAACCUCACCUCGCUGCUCAUCUUCCGCUCGGUGAGCACGGCCGUGUACAAAAGGUUUCCGACCAUGGACCAUGUGGUCGAAGCAGGUUUUAUGACAACAGAUGAAAGGAAAUUAUUCGACCACCUCAAAUCUCCUCAUCUGAAAUACUGGGUUCCGUUCAUCUGGUUUGGAAAUCUGGCAGCUAAAGCCCGAAAAGAAGGUAGAAUCAGAGACAGUGUUGAUCUGCAAUCAUUGAUGACUGAAAUGAACCGAUACCGCUCUUGGUGCAGCCUCUUAUUCGGCUAUGACUGGGUCGGGAUCCCGCUGGUUUACACCCAGGUUGUCACCCUGGCUGUCUACACCUUCUUCUUUGCGUGCCUGAUUGGACGCCAGUUUUUGGAUCCCACCGAAGGCUACGCAGGGCAUGACUUAGAUCUUUACAUUCCAAUCUUUACUCUCCUGCAGUUCUUCUUCUAUGCAGGAUGGCUCAAGGUAGCUGAGCAGCUUAUCAACCCUUUUGGAGAAGAUGAUGAUGAUUUUGAAACGAACUGGUGCAUUGACAGAAAUUUGCAGGUCUCUCUUUUAGCUGUGGAUGAAAUGCACAUGAGCUUGCCCAAGAUGAAGAAGGACAUCUACUGGGACGAUUCCGCUGCUCGCCCGCCGUAUACGCUGGCAGCUGCUGACUACUGCAUACCCUCCUUUCUGGGGUCCACAGUCCAAAUGGCGCUGUCUGGGUCCGACCUGCCGGGCGAGGAGUGGCUGGAUUAUGAGAAGCCUGGCCAUCGCCAUUCCAUGAUCAGGAGAGUCAAGAGGUUCCUGAGUGCCCACGAGAACCCCUCCAGCCCCAGGAGACGCUACGCGAGGCAAGCCAGUGAGAGCUCCACAUUCCUGCCUUACAGCGACCUCAGCCCCACCAGGGACCUGCUGGAUGUGCCCUCGAGGAGCCCCCGCCGGGCCUCGGGCUCCCGAAAGCACCUGUCCCCAGAGCCGAGCCCCAAGCUGCACUCCAGCCUGGGAGAACUGUCCAUGAUCAGGGAGGCCAGCCGCACGAGCACCUUGCAGAGCCUGUCCCCGCAGUCCAGCGUGAGGGCCUCCCCCACCAAAAUGCCCCAGGUCCCCGAGGUGCGGAUCACGGCUCCAGGGCCGGUGGCAGAGGACCACCUCUGUGACUCCACCGCCUCCCUCCAGAGCUACGAGUUCACUGGGGUGCAGCCCAGCGGCACCGGGCAGCAGGGGGACCCGGGGGGACUGAUGCUCUUCCCCUCAGAGGAGGGGACGCCUCCUCGAGGCCCCAGUCCCCUGACUAUUUCAGCCAAAACUGAGAGAAACAUUUUCAUGUUUGCCGCUGAGGAAGACCUUUAUGACGAUGACAAGUUCCCGAAAAGGUGGAGCCUCCCGGGCUUCCUGGAGUCCAGCCACACCUCCCUGGAGGGCCAAAGUCAGGAGCCUGUGAACCCCGAGCCGCCUCUUCUACUCGACACAGAAACGUCCUCCGAGACCAGUGGCAUCACCUUCGUGGCCCGCUCGCCACCCUCUCCCGACGUGCGGUACUUGGUGGAGACCCUGGACACCAAGGAGACGGACAUCAUAGAAUUCAGCAACGAGCAAACGGGGGGGUCGCCCCGGGGAACCCCAGGAAGCGCCAGGACCGGCUUCUAGCCCAAACCCUCCCUCUCCCAGCACUUCAGCAUUAGUUCCAGAACGUACCUGAGGGAGGGCUGGCCAGUCUGUAAAGAAACAACCACACUGUAUAAGCUACUUAGAACUCUGAAGGGCAUUAUGAUCCUGACUUUCUCAGAACUAAGGAAAUCCAGCACAUUCGGGUCGUCCACCGCAGGGUGGCCUCAUGGACGCCACACAGACCGCAGUGAUGUACCUUAACCAAAUAACUACCUUAAGUACGCAUGUAGUUUAUACAUCCAGAGGCUGUUAGCUCCGGAAAGCACCUUAGAGAUCAUAGUCCCAUCCCCUAGUUUUGCCAAUAGGGAGACGAAGACACCCCUACUUGUGUCCUGUUUUUGGUUUUUUUUUUUUCCUUUCUCUUUUCUUCAUUUACAACCACAGGGAGAUGGAUCAUAAAAUGUCUAAAAAGCCACAUUCUAAUUAGGAUUUUUUUGCUCGAGGCUUCCUAACCAUUUCCCUCCCGCUUGCUGAGCUGAGGCCAUCACUCCCGUCUUCUUGCUCGGGAGCAUCAGGAGCCACCUCUCCCCGUCUC